AUGAUGCUCAGGGACAGGGACGCUGUAUCUGAAGAAGUGAGCCUCCUCACCACCAUCCUCACCCUCGCCGUUGCUGUGGGCAUCCUGGGCAACCUCCGGGUGAUACUGUCCAUCUACCAGAACAAGAAGCUGAGGACAGCAGGGAAUGCCUUUGUGGUCAGCCUGGCUAUUGCAGACUUGCUGGCCGCUUUGUACCCCUUCCCAUUGGCUCUGAUAGCCAUUUUCCAUGAUGGCUGGGUGAUGGGAGGCUUCCAUUGCCAGGCGAGCGGCUUCCUGAUAAGCAUGAGUGUCAUAAGCUCCGUCUUCAACAUUACUGGCAUCGCCAUUAACCGCUAUUACCACAUCUGCCACAGCCUAAGAUCUGACAGACUUUGCUCCUACCACAACACAUUCUUCUACUUGGGGCUAGUUUGGGCCCUUACCUUGCUGGCGAUCAUGCCAAACCUCUUUGUGGAAUCCAUAAGGUAUGAUCCAUGAGUGUAUUCUUGUACGUUUUCCCAAUCUGUCAGCCCCCUUUACACCAUAGCGGUGGUGGUCAUCCAGGUGCUCCAGGUGCGGCGGAGAGUCAAGCCAGGUGUCCAACCCAGAAUCAAGCCUCAUGACUUCGGGAACUUCCUGACCAUGCUUGUAGUUUUUGUGCUCUUUGCUAUCUGCUGGGCACCACUAAACCUCAUUGCCUUUGCAGUUGCCCUGAAACCAACAUUGGAUUCCUCCAUACCCAAACGGCUCUUCACAGGGAGUUAUUUCAUGGCGUACUUUAACAGCUGCCUGAAUUCUGUGAUUUAUGGAGCGCUGAAUCACAAUUUCAGAAAGGAGUACAAGAGAAUCAUGCUCGCUCUAUGCAAGUUACUCUGCAGAAAAUAUUAA